CUUGGCUCGGCUGCAUGACGCUUAUUUAGCUAUGCGGAUCCCAUGUCUUAGUCAGUCUGAGCAACAUGGCCCUAUAUAGCCAGACGACCUCUGGUUGAGAUUUCCUGGACUUCUCUUGACUUGAGAGUUCUGAGAGGGAAGGGCCUGUGUCUUGUGUUGCCAGGAUUCACCCAUCGACUCACAACCCGCAAACAGAAAGUCACUCUCAAAAUGGGUCUCUUCAAGAACUAUCGUAUCUAUGUCCUCACAGCGGUAGCCUAUUCAGGCUCGCUUCUGUUCGGCUUUGACACCGGUGUGAUGGGUAGUGUCCUUGCCCUUGACAGCUUCAAGAACGACUUCGGCCUUCCCACUGAUUCAACCGGUUUCGCGUCCGCCAAGAACUCACAAGUGUCCUCCAAUGUUGUAUCGCUGCUGACUGCCGGCUGCUUCUUUGGUGCUAUUGCUGCUGCUCCCCUCAAUGAGCGUCUGGGGCGUCGCUAUUCUCUCAUGAUUUUUACCUUUAUCUUCCUUAUUGGAGCAGCCGUUCAGGUUGCCUCUAAGCAUGCAAUUGGCCAGAUUUAUGGCGGUCGUGUCAUUGCUGGCUUGGGCAUUGGAGGAAUGUCCAGUAUCACACCCGUUUUUGUCAGCGAGAACUGUCCUGCGAGGAUUCGUGGUCGGAUCUCAGGACUGUUCCAAGAAUUCCUGGUCAUUGGAAGCACAUUCGCUUACUGGCUCGACUAUGGCGUUUCUUUGCACAUCAAGCCCAGUACCAAGCAGUGGCGUGUUCCCGUGGCGGUUCAGCUAAUCCCAGGUGGCCUCAUGUUGAUCGGACUCUUCUUCCUCAAGGAGUCACCGCGCUGGUUGAGCAGCAAGGGCCGUUUUGAGGAAGCGCUAGACUCUCUGGCUUACAUUCGCAAUGAAGCGCCUGACAGCGACGCGGUACAGCAAGAGAUGGCUGAGAUUAGAGCAGCUGUCGAGGAGGAGGCAUCCGCCACCGAAGGACUGAGUUACAAGGAGUUCUUGGUGCCCAGCAACCUCAAGCGCUUUGCUUUUGCCUUCUGCCUCAUGUUCUGGCAGCAAUGGAGUGGAACCAACUCCAUUGGGUACUACAGUUCGCAGAUCUUCCAAACUAUCGGACUCAGUGCUACGAGUUCCUCUCUUUUUGCUACUGGUAUCUAUGGGACAGUGAAAGUUGUCGCCACUGCAAUCUUCCUAUACGUCGGUAUCGAUAGAUGGGGUCGCAAGCCCAGUUUGAUCGGUGGUGCUUUCUGGAUGGCCAGUAUGAUGAUCAUCCUUGGGGCUCUCUUGGUCUCAUAUCCUCCCGACACGAACGCCAGUGGUGUCUCUAAGCCCUCCAUUGCUAUGGUCGUUAUGAUCUACCUUUAUGUCAUCGGCUACUCCUUUUCGCUGGGUCCGACCUGUUGGGUUGUUGUCAGUGAGAUCUUUCCUACACGACUACGUGCAUACGGCGUCGGUUUGGCAGCGACCUCACAGUGGCUCUGGAGCUUUGUGGUGACGGAGAUCACUCCCAAAGCCGUUCACAGCCUUGGCUGGAGGACUUUCCUCAUGUUUGGCAUUUUCUGUAUUGGCGCAGGUAUUUUCGUCAUCAUCUUCGCCAAGGAGACCAAGGGCCGCAGCCUGGAGGACAUGGACAUCCUCUUCGGCGCGGUCAACGAGAACGAACGACGCGAGGCGGUGGAGCACACCAUGCACAAGCAAGGCGCCACUCACAUCGAAGACAUGAACGCGGAGACUGUUCGUGUGCGGAACAGCCAAGACAGGGUCUAGCUGGCUAGGUCUUGUGGCUUGAUUCCUUCCCCUGAAUACGAUUAUGACUUUACCGCGGGGGCUGGAUCCUUACAUAGAUAUUAGAGGCUAGAGAGAGACUUAGAAUAUCGGGGCUGUUUACAUGAUCGUGGGCUGGCAGCUUGAUAGAGGAU